CACCGUUGUGUCGUGCAGUCAGGCAGGACAACUGGACUGGACUCUGUCAUGUCUAUCUUUGUGAUACUGGGACUGCUGGUCUGCAUAGAGGCACAAGAGCCCAGUGCUGUGACUCCUGUGUUUGUGCAGAAGAGAGAGGAUGUGCUUCUGAAUGUCACAAUAGCUGAUGAUCCUAAAGAAGAUAUUGUUACCUGGAGAUUCAAUAAAACAGUUAAUUUAGUACGAUUUCUACCUGGGAACCUCGGAGCAAAAGUCUCUGAUGAUUACUCUGGAAGGAUUGAGUUGCUUGAGAACUACUCUGUGAAACUGAAGAAUCUAACAGAGGCAGACAGUGGAGUUUAUACUGCAGUAGUGUCUGGGGAUACAGAUAAACAAAUAACUGGAUACAAGAUUACAGUUCAAGAUCCAGUGUCUCCAGUUAAACUGUCAGUGGACUCUGUGUCUAACAGACCAGACUGGUGUAACCUGACAGUGAGCUGCAGAGCACAGGACUCUCACAUUAACAGCACCUUUAGAUGUGACACCCACACCUGCAGUCAGGAGGGAGGAGAGAGACCACAGGUCACACCCUCUGCUGCUGAUCUCCAUGUCUACCUGUCCAAUGGCUCCAUCAUCUGUAACCAUAGCAACCAGGUCAGCUGGACCAAGGACAUGAAAAUAAUUAAACAUUUCUGCCCCCGACAUGCUGAGAGUGACCCUGCUGGUCUCUCUGUGUGCCUGCUGAAGACAGCCGUGUUGUCCGUCGGUCUGAUCAUCAUGGUGGCUGCUGUCAUCACUGUUCACCUCAUGGAGAAGCUCAAGAAGCGCAAAUAAAAACUUGAAGGUACAGUGUGCAGCUUUUGGACCACUAAUAGCACCAGCGAUCAGUUUUUAUGCUUGAGUCAAUGUUUUCUUUGUAUUGUGCAUGCACGAGCCCUGCUACACAUUCCUCCCACUGAUGUCAUGCUGUUCCACUGAUUGACAGCAGGUGGCAGUCACACACCAGGAAAUGAACCAACAAAGGAGAGGAGGUAGAAGUCUGCAAGCCAGAAAACAUAGAUUUUAAUAUGUGUACAAAAUCUGGGAAAAUAUGAAUCCUAACACAUUUGUAAAGCUUCAACGGUUUUAACAAUGCAAUUUGGAGAAUAUAACAUCAUGUAAAUAUUGUUUCUUUCCAAGAAAACUUCUCACCUUUAAUAAAAAUGCUGAUUAUU